UCUUCUUCUUCAAUUGAAGCUGCUUCUGCUCCGCCACUCUGCCAUUGGACUCUUGAUAGUCGUCUCCCCACACUGCUGCUGGGGGGACUUUUUAACAUAGGCCUCUGUAUGGCCUUCAAUUUAAGCUGCUUACGCUUCGCCACUCUGCCAUGGGCCCCUGUACCGCCUCUUCAUGCUGCUGCCAGGUCCAGAGUGUGUUAUGGGUCCCUGUACGGCCUCCCAUUGCUGCUGUCUCCAUCGCCACACUCUGCCAUGUGCCACUUUUCAGGUCUCCUCACACUGCUGGUGUGUUGAAUUUUUUGAC